AUGUUCGUCGCUCGAAGGUGUUCGUUGAACUUUAAUGGUCAAUCCCUUAUCAAGAGGUUUGCUUCGACUCGUUCCGAGUUACCCUCUUACAAAGUUGUGGUCGUUGGCGGAGGAGCCGGUGGUUUAGCCGUGUCGUCGACCAUUUCCGAAAUCCUUGGAAAAAAUUCUGUCGCCAUUAUCGAACCUUCCGAUGUUCAUUACUAUCAACCACAAUGGACGUUUGUCGGCGCUGGUCUCAAGACACUGGCCGAUUCUGCGAGACCCACCGAGAAAUUAAUCCCUCGGAAUGCAAAUUGGAUUAAAAACAAAGUUACGAAGGUUGAACCAGAGAAUAACUCUGUUGUUUUAGGCGAUGGAAGUAAGGUCAAGUAUGACUUUUUGGUUGUAGCUCCGGGCAUCCAGCUGAAUUGGGAUAAGGUUAAAGGCCUUCAAGAAAGCAUUGGUAAGAAUGGGGUGACGAGUAUAUAUUCUAAGGACACCGUUGAAAAAACUUGGGAUUUUCUGAAAGAGUUCAGGGGAGGAAACGCAAUCUUUACCAUGCCUAGUACUCCAAUUAAGUGUCCUGGUGCUGCAAUCAAAAUAGCAUAUCUUGCCGAGGAUCAUCUCACGAAAAACAAUUUGCGCUCCAAAUCCAAAGUUAUAUAUAACUCUGCUAUGGGUAAAAUAUUCAGCAUUGACAAAUAUGCCGACAGCUUGACGCGUAUCGCCAAAGAACGUGACAUUCAGGUUAAUCUCCUAACCGAGCUCACGGAGGUCCGCGGGGACAAGAAAGAAGCUGUUUUCAAAAAUGGCAAAACCGGCGAAGAGCAAAUUUAUAAUUUCGAUUUGUUGCAUGUCGUUCCCCCCAUGGGGCCGCCAUCAUUUAUAGCUGAUUCAAAAAUUGGUAACGCGGCCGGCUGGGUGGACGUUGAUCAAAAUACUUUGCAACACACGAAAUAUCCAAACAUCUUUUCGCUUGGAGAUGCUUCUUGUUGUCCGACCUCGAAAACUGCCGCCGCAGUCUCCGUGCAGUCGGGAGUUCUGAAGAAGAAUUUGUUGAACGCAAUCACUCAAAGUUUUGAUCCUAACAACGCGGCAAGAUAUGAUGGCUAUGCUAGUUGUCCGCUGAUUGUAGGCCGAGACCAGGUGGUCUUGGCUGAAUUCAGUGGGUACACUACAAAGCCGAUGGAAACUUUCCCAUUUGACCAAGGAAAAGAGUCAGGCUCUAUGUACUACCUCACCAAAGAGGUCAUGCCGGAAAUCUAUUGGAACCGUCUGUUAAAAGGGACAUGGGUUGGUCCGCAUAAAAUCAGAAAGUGGUUUUCAUACUUGGGAUAG